AUGUUACCAAUUCUACAAACCCCGACAACACCAACAAAUCCUGAUUCACCACUACUCAAAAUGUCACCAUCUGUAACAUCAGUCAGCGAUGAACGUCUUCAUAUCGAUGAGAAUAAUGAAAAUGAGGCUAUUGCACCAUUGGUUUCUGUGACACAAACAGAAUAUAAAACAACAAACACAGAAACACUGAUGCAUCUUAUCAAAGGCAAUAUUGGUGCUGGAAUUUUGGCAUUUCCAUAUGCUUUAUCUAAAGCUGGUUUACUGUUUGGACCAAUUGCUUUUUGGAUAAUGGGUCUUAUGACAUUAUAUUGUAUGCACCAGUUACUACGUUGUCACGAAUAUCAUCGACAAAGAACAGCAAGAGCAAAAUGUGAUUUUGGAGAUGUAAUGCGUUCGACAUUAGAAUGUUGUCGAUCAAGAUAUGUUCAACGUUAUGCUAAACUUGGAAAGCAAGUAGUCGAUCAUUAUCAUCCACAUAAUAUUCCGAUUCAAAUUUACAUGUUACUCAUGUUAAUAGCAAUCAUUGCGUUUAGUUUUAUAAAAAGUUUAAAAGUUCUCGCACCAUUUUCACUCAUAGCUAAUAUCAUUCAAUUAGCAGGUCUUCUUAUAAUAAUGCAAUAUGUUAUUCGUAGUCAUUUGCCACUUGAUCAAUUACCAUUGAUAACACCAGCAAAAAACUGGCCAAUGUUUUUUGCUUCUGCCAUGUACACGUUUGAAGGAAUUGGACUGGUGUUGCCUAUUGGUCAAAAGAUGAAAGAACCGGAAGCAUAUGGUGGCUGCACAGGUGUUCUUAAUACCGGUGUACUUCUUGUUACAAUUUUAUAUUUUUUUGUUGGAUUUUAUGGUUAUAUACGUUAUGGCGACGGUGCACGAGGAUCGAUUAGUUUAAAUUUACCGGUUGAAAAUCCUUUAUAUCAGGUUACAAAAAUAAUGUAUGCUGUAGCCAUUUUUCUAACAUAUAACUUACAAUUUUAUGUUCCAUUGACGUUAUUGUGGCCAAGAGUAUGUCGAAAAAUUUUAUAUAAAUAUCAUGAUAAAGCAUUAAAAUUAUUUGAAAUUGGAUUUCGUUCAUUUUUAAUUAUUCUAACGUUUGCUAUAGCAGCUCUUAUUCCAAAUCUUGGUCUUGUUAUUUCAUUGGUUGGUGCAAUUGCUUCAACUGCUCUAUCCGUCAUAUUUCCACCAAUAUUAGAAACGAUCACAUUUUUUCCUCACGGUUUAGGUCGAUACAAAUGGAUGUUAAUAUUGAAUAUUUUGAUCGUAACAUUUGGAUUUUACGUAUUUUUUGCUGGUACUGUUCUUUCGUUACAAAAUAUUAUUAUUUGCAUUAAAGAAGGAACAGGAUGUGACGAUUAA